AUGGGAUGUGUUGCUUUCACUUCUGCUUUAGCCUGUUUGGGAGGAACAGGAGCUGCUGCCGCGAGUAGAAAGUCACCGAAUGAGCAGGAGGGUUUUUACAUUCUUUGACUUCAGCCUUCGGUGCCAUUUAAUGAUGAGGAAGAAGAGUCUAUCCCUGAGGGUUGACAGAUAGAAGGAACUACAGCAUGACAACUAGGAAGGGGAGAAGAGUUGAAGUGAGGAUUUUUAAACGUUGAGUUCAAGAGAAAAGGCAAAUAAUUGAACUAUGGCCAGUUGUCAAGCUCCUGUGUUGAUUGAAGACUCCAAGCUGGUGGACUGGAAGGUGAUUGGCUCUGGGGGAUUUGGACAAAUCUUCAAAGCCAGGCAUCUCGACUGGUGCUGCGAUGUGGCCAUCAAGCUGCUUCAUUAUGAUAAUGGGAGCAGUGCGUCGCUGCUGCGUGAGGUCGACAUGAUGCGUAAGGGAAGCAGCCCCUUUGUUAUUCAAGUCCUCGGAGUCUUCAGAGGUCGAUCGCCCACUUGUGGCCCAUCAACACAGGUCGGCCUGGUCAUGGAAUUCAUGGAGAGAGGAUCACUGGCCUCCCUACAGGUCAGUUUAUGUGAAACUCCGCCCUGGCCCCUGGUUUUCAGGCUGGCCCACCAGGUGGCUCUGGGUAUAAACUUCCUCCACAAUCUGUCCCCUGCCGUGCUGCACCUCGACCUGAAGCCCAACAACGUGCUGCUGGACCCCCAUCUCAAUGCCAAGCUCACAGAUUUUGGCCUUGCUCGGGUUCACCACAGCGUCUCGCGACUUUCCAAGAAAGAUGGUGAAGAGGACGGAGGGGCGAUCAGCUACAUGCCACCAGAGGCUUUUGACUUAUCGUACAGCCCCACCCGAGCCUCCGACAUCUACAGCUAUGGUAUACUCUUAUGGUCCGUCGUAACAGGGAAGCAACCAUAUGCAAAUGUAAUGUCCAGCAUAGUGCGCUUUCGCAUCCCACGGGGAGACCGUCCAUCGCUGGAUGAGAUCAGGAGUCUGGCUGUGGGGCGUGCAGGGCUGACUAGACUGUUGAAGCUCAUGGAGAGGUGCUGGAGGGAAAAACCCAAGGAAAGGCCCUCCUCACAUGAGUGUACAACUGAGACAGAGGAACUGUAUAAGAUGCACAAACAUACAAUUAAUGAUGCGGUCUACCAAGUGCUACAGAAACUGGAUGAAAAUGAAGAACAAAUCAGAAAAGAAGACGCUCAGAGGCUCACUCAGGCUGCAGUGACUACCAGAGUUAAAGUAAAUGGUGGUGAUGUGCUGACUGGGGGUCCACCAGUUCAGGAAAGGGCUGGCGGUUGGACUGCAAAUCAAAGAGACGAAGGUGUGCCGUCACUUCAGUCUGCAGAUGUGUACAAUGUUGUCGUGGACCACUCAUCGACAGACUGUAAAGCAAAAGUGUCCUCUGUUCACCCCAUUGGACCGUCAUCACAUCUUUCUUCGCACAGGAGGUCGCCUCAAAGCACUGCAGCAGAAACUACACGGCAGGAUUUUUUGCAAAACCAGGGGCACAUUCGGUCUGGAAACGGCAUGCACCGUUUGGCCACUGGUUAUCGGCCCGUUCCUCUAAACGGUGUGAAAUGGUGUUCACCAGGCUUUGAGCGUCAGCUUUCCAGCCCUGAGCCGUUGCCCUGCUAUCCUCCGCACGCUGCCCAUGCAAUCCACAUCCACCUGAGCCAGGUGACCGGACUUCAGCACGGCGACAACAACACCAUGAACAUCUACGGCACAGACCCCAUAGAGAGGAGACGGCACCCGACAGCACCAUCUAGCGUCAACCUCCCACCGCCACAUGCAGGACGGAGGAGGAACAAGCCAGGAGGGGUUGGCUGAGUUCACAGAGUUCUCAAUUAUUUUUUUUUGUUUCCAGUUCUCCAUGCUUUAUUUUCCCUUCUUGCACAACAGGAAGCUCAUGUUUUGUAAGAGAAGCUCCCUGUAAGAAGGCAUAACGUUUUGCAUUUUAAAAAAAAAAAAGGAAAAAAAGAAAAAAAAAGAAAGUCUUUCCACUUUUGCUUUUUAAAUCUGGGCAGGAUUCAGAUGUUGU